AUCAGCUUUUGCAAAGCGUCCUAAGCUGACGUCAGCCCGGUACCGAUGAACAACCGGUAGCGUUGAAGGGAGCUGUGUGGUCGCUAGUUGUUUGUAGCUUUGUCCGCUAAUCCCCCUGUCAAACGUGCAAACAUCAUGCCUUUCGAUGUUAGGAGAUUCGAUAUCUACAGGAAAGUGCCAAAAGAUCUCACCCAGCCCACAUACACAGGAGCUUUCAUUUCCAUUCUCUGCUGCGUCUUCAUACUCUUCCUGUUCCUGUCUGAGCUGACGGGAUUCAUUGCCACAGAAAUUGUAAAUGAACUGUAUGUGGAUGAUCCUGAUAAAGACAGUGGUGGGAAGAUAGAAGUGAGUUUAAACAUCAGUUUGCCAAACUUACACUGUGAUUUGGUGGGUUUGGACAUCCAGGAUGAGAUGGGCCGCCACGAGGUUGGUCACAUAGACAACUCCAUGAAGAUUCCUCUGAACCAGGGUGACGGUUGUCGCUUUGAGGGAGAGUUCACUAUUAAUAAAGUACCAGGAAACUUCCACGUGUCGACACAUAGCGCUACAGCGCAGCCCCAAAACCCUGACAUGACCCACACCAUCCACAAGCUGGCCUUUGGAGAAAAACUCCAGGUACAAAAAGUUCAAGGAGCCUUUAAUGCGUUAGGAGGGGCUGACAGGAUGUCAUCAAAUCCUCUCGCCUCACAUGACUACAUACUGAAGAUUGUUCCAACAGUGUACGAAGACCUAUCAGGCAGACAGAGGUUCUCCUACCAGUACACGGUAGCAAACAAGGAGUACGUUGCAUACAGCCACACAGGCAGGAUCAUCCCGGCCAUCUGGUUCCGAUACGACCUCAGUCCAAUCACAGUCAAGUACACAGAGAGGAGACAGCCCUUCUACCGCUUCAUCACAACAAUCUGUGCCAUCGUCGGCGGGACGUUCACAGUCGCAGGAAUCAUCGACUCCUGUAUAUUCACCGCUUCAGAGGCCUGGAAGAAGAUCCAGAUAGGGAAAAUGUCAUGAGGACUGCUCCCCACUCCUCCCUACAUCUUAUUUAUAAGUGCAAAGUUGCUAGCCUGUUAGCUAAAUCCAAUCCUGCUCGAACCCACUUCCUUUUGGAGAUUGUAUCAGCGUGACCAAUGAGGUGGCUCCGGCACUCGAUCUAACUACCAGGCUACACGGCUGCGUCUCAGUUACUGAAACUCCUCUCAGGCUCCAUCUGCUCUGGUGACGUGUUGACGCUGACUAUCACAUGUCUGCUUUCUCUGUCUUCAGUGUCAGGAGAGGAGCGGAGGAGAGGGAAGCUCUUUAGUUACUGCAGAGAUUAAGUACUAUGUCAGGGUUCAACCAGUAUUUGUAUUUGAAGGCGGCACUUGAAUUUUUUUAGAGUGAAGUACAAAAGCAAACAGCUGAUAAUUGUUCUGAUAGUCUUUUUUAUUUUAAUUUGGUGCUAGCACCAUGGGAAACAAAUCUCCAGGUUUAGUUAGUCAUAGCGGAGUUCUCAAAUGAUGGCUGAAUGAUUUACAGGCAAGAAGACAUAAUUAGGUGUUUAAAUAAAUUUAAAAAAGGAAAUUAUCUGCCAGUUCUACCAGUAUAUCAGUCUUACCGUGCCAUUUCCCCAGUUAGAUAAAAGAGGAAUGAUCAUUUGAAGGAGAUGUUCUGGUUUAUAUGUCUGUUCUCUUUGUAAGCCUGGACUGAACUUAAAAGUGUUUCCGUAAUUCACGCUGUCCAUAAAACCACACUUUGCAUUAUGUGAAAUAAUUCUUUUCAACCUGUCUCAUUUUAUCUCCAGUAUCAAACUGUGUGCCUUUAAGUUUACUGAUCUACCAUAACAGGAUCAUCAUCAGCUCUCAUACUGUUUCAGUGGCUGCCACUAAAACAAGUUCAUUGCAUGUUACAACUCACUGCGUAGAUUCACUUUUAGAGAUUCUUUUCCAAUAUUUUUCGGUCGGUUUUUACCAAAUAUUUCAUCAAUGCUGUUAGAGCUCUUAUUUUGUUUACUUUUUCCAUCCCAUUUGAAUUAUUGAGAAAAAAUGUUAUGAAUGUCUUGUUUUCUUUCUAAGAGAUGAAUUGAUUUUGAUGAUUUUUUUACAUGGUACGUGAACUUGUUUACUUAUUGAGUUUCUAUGAAGUUGUAAAUUGUAAAAAAGAUUUGGUUUUGUAAGGGGAGAACUUGUAGGCCAACCUUCUUAUUUCCUCUUUGGUCAUUUUGUCUUUCUUUUAUACCGUUGUCUAAAAGACCUCUCUGAUCAAGGACAUUGAUAAUCGCAGAAACUGGUCUGUCUACUUUAACGGUCCCCCACUUCCUGUUCCGUCUCAAAUUACUCUGUAAUGCUAUGUGUUCCUCAAGUAAAGGUACCAUAGAAAUCA